GCUCCUGUUGUGUGUAGACUCAGUAGGUGCAUAAUGAAGUACUUCAUUCUCCUCGCCCUGUUCGCUGCAGCCUAUGCUGCUCCCAUCGAGGAUGACAAGAUUGUUGGAGGCUACGAGUGCAGAAAGAACUCUGUGCUGUACCAGGUCUCUCUGAACUCUGGCUACCACUUCUGUGGAGCCUCCCUGAUCUCCAGCACCUGGGUGGUGUCUGCUGCUCACUGCUACAAGUCCCGCGUGCAGGUGCGUCUUGGCGAGCACAACAUUGCUGUCAAUGAGGGCACAGAGCAGUUCAUCAACUCUGCCAGGGUCAUCCGUCACCCCAGCUACAACAGCCGCAACCUGGACAAUGACAUCAUGCUGAUCAAGCUGAGCACGCCCGCCUCCCUGAACAGCUACGUCAGAACCGUGUCCCUGCCCUCCAGCUGUGCCAGCUCUGGCACCCGCUGCCUGAUCUCUGGAUGGGGCAACACCAGCGGCUCUGGAAGCAACUACCCUGAUCGUCUGAGGUGCCUGGAUGCCCCCAUCCUGAGCGACAGCAGCUGCAGGUCCGCCUACCCUGGACAGAUCACCUCCAACAUGUUCUGCGCUGGAUACCUCGAGGGAGGCAAGGACUCCUGCCAGGGAGACUCUGGCGGCCCCGUGGUGUGCAACGGUCAGCUGCAGGGUGUGGUGUCCUGGGGUUACGGCUGCGCCCAGAGGAACAAGCCUGGAGUGUACGCCAAGGUGUGCAACUACAACUCCUGGAUUCGCAACACCAUGUCCUCCAACUAAAGUCACUUUAUUAAAAAGAAGAAAAAAAGGAAUCUAAUGAAACUCGACAUCUUCUUUGAUAAAAUAAAAAAAACGAUUUGCUAUUAUAUUAUAUUAUAUAUUUUUCACAUUUUGAACAAAAGUAAAUACAUUUUAUAUAUAUAUGUAUAUAUAUAAAUGUGCAUCAUGUAUUUGCUUUUGUUCAAAAUGUGAACAAAUAUUCUUAUAAUAAAUACUGUAUAAAACCAAUAUUACAUUAACACCCAGUUUAUGUGUCAUCACAACAACUAUUAAAAACAAGCAUUGCAAACAAUCCCAGAAAAACUGUUUCCUCCUUUAAAAAAUGUAUAAAUUAACUUGACAUGAAUACAGUAUUGAUAUAUACAGUAAUGUGUAACAGUAAUUGCAUUUGUUGUAUAUUUGCAAUUAGACUGUAUUAAAGGAAGCAGUUUGGCAAAUCUUG